AUGUCGGCUCCUGGUGCUGAAACAUGCGAGGGACGGGUUCAGCUUCACAAUCUUCCAGAUGCCAUCACAGCGAUUGAAAAUGACAACUCCACAAUUAAAAAUUCCACAUCAGACUACAGCAAGACAUCUAGCAGAAGAUCUUUGAGACAACGAAGGGAUACUCUCACUCAGUGGGUUAAUGAUAAAAGAGAAAAAGUCAUGACUGUAAAACAAUUAAAGAGGUAUCUGUUGGCCACUAUAAGUCGAUCACUCUUCACAGCACACGGCAUUGUGAUGAUAUGGCUUCUGGUUGAAGUGAUGUGCAAUCCGGAGUACUGGAUUCUACUAAUAGGUCUUUUUGGUGUAUACGUUGAGAUGUUCAUUACACUCAAUGUAACAGAGAAAGGAGAAUGGAAAUGGUUCUCACCAACAGUGUUCAUAUACCUCUGCGUGACAAUUCCGUGCAUCUUUCUGUCGGAACUUGAACUUCAACAAAACUCAAAUGUUUGGUGUAACUAUACGUCAUAUCGUGAAUGGUUGGAUGCAAUGGAGCAGCUGAUGAUCCUAGUUUUGAUUAUGGGACGAUGGAUAAUGCCAAAGGGAGCGAUGACGAGGGAACAACUUGCACAGCUUCUGCUCCUAUAUAUCGGACUGGGUGCUGAUAUACUGGAUAUUUUAACAUUUUUAAAAGAUGAUCAGAUAAGAAAAAAUAACGUAACAGUAGUGGGAUUAUGUCUUUUCAGCUGGGCGAUCUUGCAGUUCACAUUAGUACUCACGCAAUCAUCAGAGUCUGUGGAUAAAAGAAUUAGCAAAGAUUCUGUCUCUGUGCCUGCUGCACGCAAACAAUGCAGUUGCAUGCUCUCUGCUAGAGAGGUAUGGUCUCUGGUAAUAGCAGUGGUGAUGCAGGACGGGCCCUUCCUAGGUUUCCGCCUUUACCUCCUAAUUAAGCACGGAGUGCGUAGUAAAACAUUGAUAUUCUUUAUCUGCAAAAACAUACUGACCGUUACAAUAGAAAUAUAUAGGAUUAUUGUGGUAUGGAGACAGGCACAUAGAAACAGAAUGUGA